UUUGCGUGCUCGAUUAUACAAACAAUUGAAGUCUGUUAAUUGAAGUAAUUUGUUGUAAAUGCAUCGUUACUAUGUUUACGAAGACGCUUUUGAUCCUGUCAGCCUCACUAUCACCUUUUUUACUUCUUGUUUUCAUGGGAGCAGUGAAUUCCAUCACAGUUCAUUGCCCCAGGGACAGGUCUAGAGCAGUUAGAAAAGUCCUCCAGCAUUACAUGACUUCAGUAUUGAACGCAGAAGAAAGCCCAUUGUCAACAAAUUGUGUGUUUCAUCCCAAACGAGACAUUUUCCACAAUCACGAGGCUCAUAAAACCGAGGAAGGGUACGGCAAGUGGGCGUGUGAGUACUGUGGCAAAAUGUUUUACGCUGAGAACUUUCUGGAUAACCACUUUCAGAACAGACAUGCAGGUUUCCUUAAUAAGGGAAAGGACUCGAUAUGUCUGGCGGACUACUGCGAUAUUUUCCGCUGUGAGAUCGUAUCGGGAUGGGUAAAUCCUACAUUCUGGGACUCGGCCCUCUGUAUCGAAGAUGACAUGGAAGAGUUGGCUACCAAAUGCCAGAUGAUAUUUCAAGCCUGUCUUUCACCUACAACAAUGACACCACAUGUAUUUGAUGCCAUUAACAAAACCAGGACCAUGGUUUGUUCUUCCUUAACCUGCAGUAGAUACUGGUACACUGGAAAAGUUGAGGAAAACCAGUGGCUCAUGCUCUUGAAGACAUUCUGUACUGUUUUUCUGAUUGGCUCAUUCAUAGUGUAUUACUUUUUAGCCUACCAUCACUUUUAUUCAGAGUCACUGUUUUACGAGCCUCCAGAUUCCGGGGUGCGACAAACAAAACCUUACGAUCCAAACUACAGACCAAGAAAACACAGACCACGUAACAGGGUCCCUAUUGUUUGAUAGACAAUCUGUUUAGUGUCAGACAUUUCUCUCUUUUCUCAGGGCAAGGGACUGUGCAAUGCUGCGAUUUCUACAUAUGCAAGGUCUUGAUAUUUGUAUCACAAUCAAUGGAGUGAAUGUUCAUAUCUCAAGUGUCUUUUGUUAUAUGAAGGAUUGGGAAUGUGUAUAUACAGGAGCUAUGUGACUUUAAAGUUUAUUUGGGGUAUUUACUUACAUUCAAUUUUAUGUUCAAUCAAGUUUAUGCUUGGAGAGUCAUGGUGCUUUGAAGACAAUUGUUAGAUGUGCUUAAUAGAAAGUAGCAUACAGACAGAGUGAAUAUUCAGUUUCAUAACUGAAUUCACCUGGGACCCGUUUCAUAGGCAGAGUACCAUUUUUGGAGGACAAUUGUUAGAUGUACUAGAUGGAAAGUAGCAUACAGAGUGAAUAUUGAGUUUGAAAUCUGAAUUCACCUGGGACACAUCGAUAGACAGAACGCCAUUUUUCAAGGGCUGUGGAAGAGCAUUAUACUUACCUAACCAAUAACCUGGUAUUCGAACGAGCUAAUGAUAUAAAUAGAAUUAGUAAACCAAUAGAAUAAGAGUGAGGAGUUUAAAACCAUGCCUCCAAAAAGUCCACAUGGUUUUAAUAUAUAAUUUUCGGUGGACUUUUCUAUUCAUGUUUCUAAAAGCCCUCUUUAAAAGGCAGCAAAAUUUUCACUGUAACUGGGAACUUCAGACUACCUUUUUGUAAGACGAACCUUUAUAUUGGAGUUUGCUAUAAAAGAGUGCUCUCAAAUUGACUGCAUCACACCCCUGCAUAUUAUCAUUCUAGACUGUUUAUAGUUGUUCAUUAAGCUUGUUGCUAUGCUAUAACACAUUCAGUUCAUCUCAGUCAUACUAUUGUAUGUUGAAAUCAAGAUCUGCAGUGGACUGUUGUUCAAUAAAUAUGUUACCUGCAUCUUUACUUGCAUAUAGGUUGCUGAUCCAUGUAAUUCCUUUAUUUCAUUAACAAUUUAUAAAAUACAUAACACCUGUUUUGGCCAUGUCACAAAAGUCAUGAUAUUCAUGACACUUAUUUGUACACAUGCUGCCAGAGACAUUACGCAGAUGUAUAGCAAGAUUCUUAACUCUUGACAUUAAAUAUUUACUGUAAUAUUUACACUUUAACUUCCAUUCCUUAAAUGAACAGCCUUUUGGCAAUUGCGAUUAUCAUCUGAUGAACUCAACAUCUCCGGAUAUGCUUGGAUCGAAUGAUCGCGUAAAAUAUACAUGUAAAUUGAAAAUUGUUUAUCUUGUAAUUGUUUUUAUUGUGUCAGCAGGCCACAAAAACUUAAGUCAACAUGUUGAAAAGUGUUAAUAUAUGACUUGUUAAAAUACUGUUGUCAUGCGUUAUAAAAUCAACUAUAAAGUUUUUUGUUUUGUGUUUUCCCGCAUUCUUAUGACGUCAUAUGAUAAGCUCUUUCCGGUUACGGUCGGGUCGUUCUAUAUUCAGAAUGGGUGAUGAAGAAUUACUAAAAGGUUUUCUUAAAGUUAUUUUUCAAAAAUUCUGAAAAUAAAUAAAUGAAUUAUUGGACUCCACAUGCAUUAACCAGCCCAACUGUGUUCAUACCCUGAUAAUGACAACAAUCACACAAUUCAUUCCAUAAUUGAAUAGAUUUUGAGGAAAGCCCCUUGUUGCACAGAAAAAAAACAACAGAAUAGCAUUAAGUGUUGACUCAACAGUGCACUUCAUUUGUGAUCUUAAAAUGAGUGAAUUACUGCUGGGAAUAAACCAUGUGUUUAAGAAUGAACGGUGUGCUUAAAAAAGUACUAUUUAUAGUACUGGCCCAAAUUGCUCGAAACUUCUUAAGCUUAACAGGCUUAAGUAGCUUAUUUCAAUUAGCCAAAAUAUAUACUUUAAUGGAUUUUUGAUAAAUGAAAAAUGGUUAAUUGUGAUUAUUAUAAAGAUAUUCAUAUCUAAAGUAUAAAAACACUAAAAAAAAAGUAAAUAUUACCCGAAUUAUUGAAAAACAAAAAUAGUGAACUUAGCUUAAUCCUAUUUUAAGGGACUUGAGAAGUUUCGAGAAAUUGGGGCCAGUAGUUUAGAAAACUUGAAUUUUGUAAAAAAGAUACCUGUUCAAUAGUUUUGCUGUCUUAACUUGUUGGAUCAUAAUGUAUGUUGUCAAAAGUGCUUUACAUGUUAUUAUUUUUGAUAACUGCUGGUAGUUAUGUUCAGCAAUAUAAUUUAAUAUUGCCUGUUCUUUUCUUGCAAUAUGUAAAA